AUGGCGGAUUUAGAUGAAUGGAUUGCAACGGUUCGAAAAUGUAAAUACUUACCAGAACACCAGUUAAAACGCUUGUGUGAAAUGGUGAAGGAAAUAUUAAUGGAGGAAUCAAAUAUCCAACCUGUUAGAACUCCCGUUACCGUCUGCGGAGACAUACACGGACAAUUUUACGACCUUUUAGAACUAUUCCGUGUCAGUGGAGAACUUCCGUCAACUAAUUACAUUUUUAUGGGCGAUUUUGUAGACCGCGGUUAUUUUAGUUUGGAAACCUUUACAUUGUUUAUGUUAUUAAAGGCCAGAUAUCCUGAUAAAAUUACACUACUCCGCGGAAAUCACGAAAGUAGGCAGAUCACACAGGUUUAUGGAUUUUAUGACGAGUGUCAAACAAAGUACGGUAAUGCAAAUGUUUGGAAAUAUUGUUGCCAGGUAUUUGACUUUUUGACUCUGGCUGCUAUCAUUGACAACAAAAUUCUGUGUGUGCACGGUGGCUUAUCCCCCGAAGUCCGUACAUUAGAUCAAAUCCGCAUUUUGGCUCGCGCUCAAGAAAUUCCUCAUGAAGGUUCAUUUUGCGAUCUCAUGUGGUCGGAUCCCGAAGACAUUGAAUCUUGGACCGUAUCGCCCCGUGGUGCUGGCUGGCUGUUUGGUUCAAAAGUCACUGGCGAAUUUAGUCACAUAAAUGAUCUGAAGCUGAUUGCUAGGGCGCACCAGCUUGUUCAAGAAGGAUACAAGUAUCAUUUCGAUGAAAAAAAUUUGGUCACUGUUUGGAGUGCUCCCAACUAUUGCUAUCGGUGCGGUAAUGUUGCGAGUGUUAUGAAAGUAGAUGAAUCUUUAGAACCCGAUUUUCGCAUAUUUUCUGCUGUACCCGAUGAAGAAAGGACUGUUCCCCCAAGCCGGAAAAGAAGUGAAUAUUUUAUUUAG